AUGACCCCGACACCCAUCAUGGGAUGCACCUUAAGGCAUCAAGGAAGACCUAUCCUUUGGCUUUUCCUCCUGCUCAUCACUCAGUCGCUCAGAAGCAUCGAUGCAAUUGUGGAUGGCUCGUCUCGAAUUGGAAGGCAAUUGCGAGCUAAUGGUGGCGGGAACGGCGCCAGCAGUGACAAGAAUUUUCCAACAAAACUGUACAUCAUCCGCUUUCGCGCGCUCCCCCCUGUAGUCGCGUACACGGGCUCCCUCGUGGGCUUCCCCUCCACGGCUCCGCGCAACGGCUACUCCGCCGCAACAGCCGCUACCCCGGAAGAUCUUGCAGACGAUGUUACGGCGAGGUCAACUGGCCUGACGGGCAAGGCGGACGUGAGUGACGAUGGAGGGGCUCCAGCAGGACGGCUGGAUUCGGGGGCAGAGAACGUGCGGGCGUACGCGCAGCACCUGGACCGCAUGCACGACACGGUGCUCGCCGAGGCCGGCGUGCAGCCCCGCACGCACAAGCUCUACAGCUUCAGAUACGUCACCAAUGGCGUCGCCGUCCGUCUAACCCUGCGGCAAGCGGCGUUACUGAAGCGGCACCCAGCCGUGGGCUCGCUCAUGGAGUCGAAAUUCCUUCACGCGCGUACCACGUUCACUCCAUCGUUUCUUGGCUUGAGGGACGGGGUAUGGGACCGUCGGCCUAUCCCUGCAUCCACACCUGGCGCACUGCAAUGGCUCGCGGCGAGAAGUGCCAGGGGGUCAGCGCGCGACGCACAAGGAGCGCGCACUGCGAGCACGGAACCAUCGCAAGAAGCGGGCAGUGCUGAGCGGUUGGUGGGAUUGGAAACAGUGGGCACGGAGUUGGGGCAGCGGCUAAACGGCAGCACAUCCCCCAGGGGCACAUCUAGCGGUACGGGAAGUGCCGACAGAGAUGCGCGAUCGUAUGGGGUGCGGGCUGGCAGAAAGCGGGGUGGGAAGCGAGUAGACACUGGCCUGCGCGGGGAGAAUGUUAUCAUAGGCGUUAUCGACACGGGCGUGUGGCCGGAAAACCCCGCCUUCACCGGAAAAGUCCUUCCGCAUUACGGGCGCAUCCCACGGCGGUGGCGCGGGUCGUGCACGGUCACCAAGGACUGGCCGAGCAGCGCGUGCAGCCGCAAGCUGAUCGGCGCCAAGGCGUUCUUCAAGAGCAUGCAGGACGAUGUCGACUGGAGUGUCGAGUACCCGUCGGCGCGCGACGUGCACGGCCACGGCACGCACACGGCCAGCACAGCCGCCGGCAACGACGGGCGCGCAGCGGUGCUGCGAGGCGUGCGGUUCGGAUCAGAGAGCGGCAUGGCGCCCAGAGCGAGGAUCGCCGUGUACAAGGUGCGCCACUGGGAGGCGACCGGUGGAGGGUUGUUGAGGGAUGAGGGAGGGAAGCCACGUGACACAGGAAAAGGCAAGUGGCUAGUGCGUUCGCUGUCGCUCAGUCCCCGUUAUCCCCUCCACUCCCAUCAGACGCUAUGGACGUUGAAAGACGGCGGUGCGGUGAGCGCGGAGGCGGACAUCGUGGCGGCGAUCGAGGCGGCGGUGGCGGACGGCGUGGACGUGCUGACCAUGUCGCUGGGCGGCCAGGCGUCGCUCUUCGACGUCGAUCAGCUCGCCUUCCUGCACGCCGCGCAGGCCGGUGUGUUCGUGUCGGUGCCGGCGGGCAACAGCGGGGCGGCCAUCGAGAAGCAGUACUUCACGUGCACGCUGGACCACCCCGCGCCCUGGUACACCACCGUCGCCGCCAGCUCGCACGGGCGCAACUACAGCACGGCCGUGACCAUCGGCGGCAGCACGUUCGUGGGGCGGUCGCUGGUGGGCGGCAAGGGCACGGCGCUGAGAGCGGGCAUCGUGCUGGGGUCGGACGCCAACAGACCGGGCGCGUCCCGCAAUGCGGCCAACUUCUGCGAGCGGGGCUCGCUGGACCCCGCCAAGGUACGCGGCAAGAUCGUGGUGUGCACGCGCCCCAGCACGCAGGGCUCGCACUCCGCGCGCACCUUCAACAUCAGCCGCGCCGCCAAGGCGGCGGGCGCCGUGGGCGUGGUGAUCGCGAACCAGGACCCGGGCGACAGCACGGCCGCCAUGCUGCACGACCUGCCCGCCUCGCACGUGGACGCGGACGCGCGGACCAAGCUCAUCGCGCUCGUGAAGGCCACGGCAAGCCCGGUGGCGUCACUGUCGCCACUGUUCAUAGCGCACUCGCCGUCGCCCACCAUGGCGUGGUUCUCGUCCACGGGUCCCAGCACGGACCCCUACCAGACGUUCGACGCGCCCGCCAUGGGCACCAACCUCAACGACGUCGUCAAGCCUGACCUCACGGCGCCGGGCGUGGAGAUCUGGGCGGGGUGGACGCAGUCGCCCUUCCAGGUCACCGACAUGGGCGUCACAGACGCGUUGAGUGUGCGGCCGGGUGCAGUGACGGCGCAGAUGGUGAGCGGCACGUCCAUGUCCACGCCACACGUGGCGGGCAUUGCAGCGCUCAUGAAGCAGCAGCACCCCGAGUGGAGCCCGUUUGCCAUCAAGUCAGCGCUGCAGACCACGGCGUACACUGUCAACAGCGCCAGUGCGCCCAUCGCCAAUGACGACGGCUGUGUGGCCAACGGCCAUGCCAUGGGGUCCGGACACGUCUUCCCUGCUCGUGCCUUGGAUCCAGGGCUGGUGUACGACAGCAACAUGGUGCAGAUGGUGCAGUUCCUCAUGGCUGUGGACCCCUGGGAAACCAAGCAGACCACCGCCUACACCUCCCUGCCUGCACGCCUGCGCACGGCCAUUCCUUCGUACAAUGUCAACCUCCCAAACAUUGCUGUGAGCAGGCUGCAGAAGCAAGCUGUUGUCACACGUGUUGUUAAGAACGUGGGCUCAGUGACAGCAACUUACAAGGCAACUGUGGUGCGUCCAAAAGGGGUACAAGUCAUCGUAAGCCCUGCAGAGUUAACCGUCGCCCCUGGCCAAUACAGCAAGUAUACUGUCACGUUUUUGGUGCGGAGGCCGAGCAAUCACUUCAAGUUCGGCAGCCUUGUAUGGACUGAUGGAGUACACACGGUGCGUUCAGUCUUGGCUGUUCAACCUCUUUCCCGCUGA